AUGGACAUUAAGAACCCACGACGCAUUCUCGCCAUCGGUGCGCCGGAAGCAGGCGUACUUCCCCUGUUGAAAGAGCUUACAGGUUCCGCCCCAGAGCCAACGUCCGGAACCACUGCCGGCCUUACGCACGAAUGGUGUCUCGAGACCAAAUACUACACCGCAACUCUUCCCAUAUGGAUCGAUGAACUCGCCAAUGUCGCGGAAUGGCGCACCGAAUUCACGAAGCACGAAGCCCGCGAGGUCGUCACAGCGCUCGGUGCGUGGAUAUACUGCUUCAAGAAGCCAGUCGAAGCAAAGGAUCUAGAUGUGAUCAAAGAGACUAUGCAGGCCGUUUCCGAUGUGAUUGAGCGUGCCUGUGGCUACGGUGGUGACAUGGUGUGUCUGGCUGUCGCCAUGCCGCAGUCCAUUACCCCUUACCUCGAAAAGAGCCAUGAAGAGUGGGAAGAGCUUGCCAUGGACUAUGGUUUUGAAUACGUCGACUCGGAAAAGAAGGGCAAGAAUGAGUUUGGCGAGGCGACAGGAGUGCACCGAGUUCGGGAAGCGCUUGAGGCUGGGGAAUGGGAGAGUAUGGCAGAUCUGGACAUGGGCGAUGAUGAGGAUGGCUUCGAUGGCAGUUUUGCUGCAGAAGAGGCGGAGAUGAACAUGGAGUUGUUUGGCAUGAAAGGCGCGCUAGCUGGGUUCGAUGACGAUGAAGGUCCGGAAUCAGGAGACAAAGAGGUCGAAGAGCUAGAGGUCAUGAUGCAGAAGAUGGUUGCUAUUAAAGAAAUGGGCGAAGGUAUGGAAGAGUCCGAACGAAAACGUUUCGCCGCGAAAGCAGUGAACGACCUGUUAAAGGAUUAUUGA